AUGCGCGCGGUCUCGAGGAAUAUAGGUGCUUUGACAGCGGCGAUACCCCAGCAGCAGCGAUACCAGCGAUCUGCGCCAUCAAUAUCAAUAGAAAGCAAUGGCAUCAGCACCAGUAGAAGCAUAUCCACCACCCCCGCCCUCUCCGCCUCCCCAAUUCCCUCCGACCCCACCCCCGCCUCACCCCCGCCGCUGCAGCUCCGGACCUACCAAGAAGAAUGCAUCCGCGCGGUCCUCGAGCACGUCUCCCUCGGCGAGCGGCGCCUGGGCAUCUCGCUCGCCACGGGCUCCGGCAAAACCGUAAUCUUCACGCAGCUGAUCGAGCGCCUGACGCACCCGUCGCGGCCGGCGACCGCGACACAGACACUGAUCCUGGUGCACCGCAAGGAGCUGGUCGAGCAGGCGGCGAGCCACUGCAGGCGCCACUAUCCGCACCUCACUGUGGAGAUUGAGAUGGCGACGGCGCAUUCGAGUGGGACCGCGGACAUCACGGUCGCCAGCAUCAUGAGUGUUGUGAGUGGGGAGAGGAUCGAGAAGUUUGAGCGGGAGAGGUUCAAGUUGAUCUUGAUUGAUGAGUGUCAUCAUGCGGUGAGUAAAGGGUACUUGAAGUGCUUGGAGCACUUUGGGUUGGUCAAGGUGGGGGCGGUGGCGAAGGAGGGGGAGGACUCGUGGGGGCCUGAUAUGGCGAUGGGGGGGUUUGGGAAGGACACACCCGUGCUGGUGGGCGUGAGUGCGACAAUGUCGAGGUUUGACGGGCUCAAGCUGGGGAAGGUGCUGGAUAGGAUUGUCUAUCAUAAGGACUACAUGGACAUGAUUGCUGAUAACUGGCUCUCGCCCUGUAAAUUCACCACCGUCCAGACCCGCGUCGACCUCUCAGAUGUCCGCGACGCCUCCACGGGCGACUUCAAUCUCUCCGACCUCGAGCGCGCCGUCAACACCAAAGAAACCAACAACGUCACCGUCCGCUCAUGGCUGCAGAAAGCAGACGACCGCCACUCCACAAUCGUCUUCUGCGUCAACAUCCAGCACGUCAAUGACCUCUGCGACACCUUCCGCAACCACGGCAUCGACGCCCGCCCCAUCACCAGCAACACCCUGCUGCAAGUCCGGCGUGAACGGCUCGAAGAGUUCCGCGCGCGAAAGUUCCCCGUGCUCGUCAACUGCGGUGUCUUCACCGAGGGCACCGACAUCCCCAACAUCGACUGCGUCCUCCUCGCGCGCCCCACAAAGUCUCGCAACCUCCUCGUACAGAUGAUCGGGCGCGGCAUGCGCCUCUUCCCCGGCAAAGCCGACUGCCACAUCAUCGACAUGGUCGGCGUGCUGAAGCGGGGGAUCGCUACAGUGCCCACCCUCUUCGGGCUCGACCCCGACGAGCUAGUCGACGAGCUGACAGUGGAGCAGCUACAAAAGCUCAAGGAGAAGCGGGAGCGGGAGGCGGAGAAGCGGCGGCUAGAGCUGGAGGCGGAGCAGGAGGAGGCGCGGGAGAGGGGGGAGGAGGAAGAAGGGUCGGGGCUGGAGGGGAUGAAGAUCAGUGUGCAGUUUACGGACUACGAGAACGUGUUUGACCUCCUGAAGGACGCGAGGGAGUCGUGCGGUAUCAGGCGGCUGAGCCAGUAUACGUGGGUCACGAUUUCGGCCGGGAAGCAUGUGUUGCCGCUGAAGGCGGGGCGGUAUCUGAAGAUUGUGAGGGAGAGGGACGGGGCGGGGCGUGCAGGGACGUUCACGUUGAUUGAGUAUAAUAAGCUCCCGCCGGAGGUUACGAAAGCAAGUACGUUCCUGUCGAAUAGGCGGAUAGUUAUGGCGGGUGCGGAGUCGCUCGCUGAUAUCAUACAAGGCGCUGACACGCUCGCCGCCAAACACAAAGCACGCAACCUCCUCCUCCACAGCGCCCCCUGGCGAAGACGGCCCGCCUCCGAGCCGCAGCUCGCGUUCCUCCACACCUUCAGAGACAAGUACACCAUCCCGGAGGACCUGACGAUUGGGCAGGCCGGGGACAUCAUCACCAAGCUGCGGCACGGCGGCCUCAAGGAGCUGGAGAAGCGCAAGAAGCAGGAGCAGCGCGAGCGGCUCAAGGACGAGAGGGAGCGCAUCAGGGACGAGAAGGCGCGCAUGAAGGCAAAGGUGAGGGAGGAGGCGCGCGAGCAGAGGCUGCGCGAUAAGGAGGAGAAGUUGAGGAGGUUGGAGGAGGUGAAGGUGGGGCGCUUGUUUUGA